AUGAAAAUUUUAGCUUUAUUAGCAAUAACUUGUUAUCUGUCCUUGCAUUGUGUUCAAGGCGGUAACCAACAGAAAAGUGUUUUACUCGAGAGUGUCCAGGCAUUAACACUUUACAAAGGACAACGAACCCAAGCAAGACGAGUCUCAGCUGUUCCACAACUCAAAUGUGUUGGUGGCUCGGCAAAAGGUGCCUUUGAGCCUGAUGUUGUACAAUGUUAUAAUCGCGGAUCGAAUGGUGUCGAUAUUCAAUGGGAAUGCACAAGUGAAAUGCCGAAGAAAUAUAAAUUCGGACGAUUAAGUGUAUCAUGUGAAGGAUAUGAAUAUCCAGAUGAUCCAUAUAUUCUAGCUGGAUCUUGUGGAUUAGAAUACAACCUUGAAUUAACCGAUAAAAGUUUUUCUGAUCCAAAUCAAUCAAAUGUUCGACAACCAUCAAAUUCGAGAUUUUGGCCAUUUGUUUUUAAAGUUGCACUUAUCGUUCUGGUAUUCUUUGCUAUUAAAUCGUUUUUAGCGGGUGAUAAUCGUACAGGUGGUACUAGACCAAUGUCAGCUGGACCUGACCAUCGCCCACCAGGUGGUGGCGGCGGUGGUUGGUUUUCCAAUUUUUUCCCAGGUGGUACCGGUGGUUUUGGUAACUUUUUUGGUGGCGCACCAGGAAGAGGUAAUGCUCGACCAGGACAACCACCACCAGCAGGUUUUCGAACGGAUUUUACAGAUUACGGAAAUACUGGGCCAGAUUGUACUGCUAAUCGACAACAGAAUACUGGUGGCACAGGCUUUCUAACUGGAGCUGCACUUGGUGCUUUAGGGGGUUAUGUUUUUGGUGCUCGAAAUCGACGACCCGAUACACAAAAUAUACCUCGUACAACAAAUACUGGCUGGUUUGGUGGAGGUGGUGGUGGAACAACUAAUAAUAGUACCAAUGGAAGUAGUUCACCAUCGAGUGGUACUCAUACUAGUAGUGGCUUUGGUGGCACAACUCGUCGAUAA